AUGCUAUCUGCAACGUCGAGGGCGGUCAGGGCCACGGCCUCUCGAGCCGCCGUGCCCAAGCCUGCUGCUGUCGCGAAAGCCUGCAACGCGGUCGUGGUGAAGAGGACUAUACGGGGGAUCCACAGCGCGAGCUCGUCUAUACAGACCGAUAGGGAUACUAUCACUCGCUUGCUAUACUCCAUCGGCACCAAGAAGGAGGUCGAGCGCUACCUCCGCAUCUUCUCUUCCUCGUCGCACCCCUCCAACCCUGCCAAAUUUGCUGUUAUCAAGAUCGGCGGCGCCGUCCUGGACGAACUCGAUGAACUCGCGCACGCUUUAUCUUUCUUGUACCGCGUUGGCCUGUAUCCGGUCGUGUUGCACGGCGCGGGUCCUCAGCUGAAUGAGAUCCUUGAGCGAGAGGGUGUCGUGCCCGACUACAUAGACGGGAUCCGUGUUACGGACCCGAAAACACUCGGGAUUGCCCGUAGGGUGUUCCUGGAGGAGAACCUCAAGCUCGUCGCCGCUCUCGAGAGCCUCGGGACGCGUGCUCGCCCUAUCACCUCCGGCGUCUUCCAAGCCGACUACCUCGAUCGCGCCAAAUAUAACCUCGUGGGCAAGAUUACGAAGAUAGACAGGCGGCCCAUAGAGGCAUCCAUCCGUGCCGGGGCUUUGCCGAUCCUUACGAGUUUGGCGGAGACCACCGAGGGCCAGAUUCUCAACGUCAACGCGGAUGUUGCGGCCGGCGAACUUGCGAAGGAGUUCGAGCCGCUCAAGAUCGUAUUUCUGAACGAAAAGGGUGGACUGUUCCAUGGCGUUACGGGCGAGAAGCUUGACGUCAUAAACUUGGAUGAAGAAUACGACGAGCUCAUGCGCCAGCCAUGGGUCAAGUACGGCACCAAACUCAAGCUUCGCGAAUUCAAGGAGCUUCUGGACGUUCUCCCGCGCUCCUCCUCCGUGGCCGUCAUCUCCGCAUCCUCCCUUCAGAAGGAGCUCUUCACAGACUCCGGCGCUGGGACGCUUAUCCGCCGGGGAUACAAGCUCUUCAAGCAUGGCGCCGUCGACCAGGUCGGGCGCGACCGGCUUCGGGAGGUGAUCAAGGAGCGGGACAUAGAUGUGCUCGCGGGUCUAACGAGCCCGGGAAAGGUGCUCGAGGGCAUCGAGAAGCUCGGCGCGGGCAACUAUACGAUCUACGGCGACGAGCCGCUCGACGCGCUCGCCGUCGUCUCGCACCCGCCAGGGAAAGUGCCUAUCCUGACCCGCCUGUUCGCAUCGCGCUCGGGCGUGCUGAACAACGUGCUCGACAACGUCUUCGAUGCGAUCCGGAAGGACCACCGCCGCCUGUUCUGGACCGCGCCGAGCGAUGACGAGAACAGGGCGUGGCACUUUGAGCGCGCGGAGGGAAGCUUUAUACGCGGCGGGCGCGGGCUGUUCUGGUAUGGCGUGGGCGACGUGGGGGAGGUGGAGAAGAUCGUGAGGGGAUUCGAGGAGGAGGGAAGGAUCGAGCGCGCGUACCUCCCCGUAGGGCCGGCCAAGGCGCAUCGCGCGGCGGCGAGUGGGAUUGGGGGCGCGAAGGCGUUCUCGACGCUGGCGAGGCAGGUGCCUGGGUCGAGCCGCGGAUACGCGACGGCGGCGAGCGUGCCGCCCAACUUUGAGACGAAGACGAGGAACGUCGCGCUUGUCGGCGCGAGGGGGUUUACCGGCCAGGCUUUGACGUCGCUCUUCGACAAGCACCCGUAUAUCAACCUCACGCACGUCUCGUCCCGCCAGCUCAAGGGCUUUUCGCUGGAGGGCUACAACAAAUCGAAGGUGACCUAUAGCGACCUCAGCGUGAAGGACGUCGAGAAGAUGGAGAAGGACGGCGAGGUGGACGCGUGGGUGAUGGCACUUCCCAACGGCGUGUGCAAGCCCUUUGUAGACGCCGUUGACGCCGGUGCAGCAGCUAAGUCGAAGGACGGCAAGGAAGGCGGCGUGAUCGUGGAUCUGAGCGCUGACCACCGGUUCGAGGACGGGUGGACGUAUGGGCUGCCGGAGCUCUACUCGCGCGAGCAGGUGAAGACGGCGAAGCGGGUCUCAAACCCGGGUUGCUACGCGACUGCGGUACAGAUGCUCCUCGCACCGCUGCUGCCGCUGCUCCCUUCGCACCCCGCCGUGCUCCCGACGGUGUUCGGGAUAUCGGGGUACAGCGGCGCGGGGACAGUGAGCGGGCCGACCGACGAGCAAGGCAGACCGACGACUCUGCCCAAGGUCUCGCCGCAGAGUCUGAAAGGCGGCAUUCGGCCGUACAGUCUCACGGGACACAUCCACGAGCGCGAGGCGGGGAGGCACCUCGCCUCGCUGCUGCCGGCUGACCACGCGGGCGAAUUCAAGGUCGCGUUUACGCCCGCGGUCGCGCCGUGGUUCUCGGGCAUACUCGCGACGGCGAGCGUGCCGCUGGCGAAGAGCGUGAGCGCGAAGGAGGUGUGGGCGCUAUACGAGGAGCGGUACGCGGGGGAGAAGCUGGUAAGGAUGAAGAAGGAGGGCGUGGUUGAGCUCGCGGACGUGGAGAAUAAGCACGGGUUCGUGCUGGGCGGGGUGCAGGUCGCGGCGGGUGGGGAGCGCGCGGUUGUCGUGGGCGGGUUGGAUAAUCUGCUAAAGGGCGCCGCGACGCAGUGCUUGCAGAACUUGAAUUUGGCGCUGGGGUACGAUGAGUACGCCGGGAUCCCGCUGGACUAG